AUGAGCACCGAAGCUUUAGACCACGCACAAUCGUUCGUCGAUUACUUGAACAAUUCACCUACUCCAUACCAUGUUGUCAACAGCUCCAUUGAGAAGCUCGCAAAGGCUGGGUUCGAAGAAUUGACCGAAAGAUCCAACUGGAACACUGCCCUCAAAAGAGGAGGAAAGUACUAUGUCACCAGAAACGCCUCCUCGCUCAUUGCAUUCACCGUGGGUGAGAAAUAUGAAAACGGUAACGGUAUCGCUGCUGUGGGUGCUCAUACUGACUCUCCUUGCUUGAGAAUCAAGCCAAUUUCUAAGAAAACCUCAGAAGGUUUUAUUCAAGUUGGUGUGGAGAGUAGGGUUUAUGCUACUAAGAAUGGUCAGACAGUUCCAUAUUUGGUGAAGAUCGACAAGCCUUUAUUAAGAAUCCCCACUUUGGCCAUCCACUUCAGAAGAGACACCGCCAAUAAAUUCGAAUUUAACAAAGAAACUAACAUGGUGCCUAUUGCGGGCCAAACCGCUUUGGACAAGAACUCAGACGAAGAGAAGAAGCCACACAGUUGUGCCGAUGAUCCAGAAUUACAAUUAUCCCCCGAACAAUUUGAAUCGGUUCAGAACGUGAUACUGAGACACAACAAGUCAUUAAUUGAAUUGAUAGCUAAGGAAGUUGGAGUGGAAGCUGGUGAAAUUGAAGACUUCGAAUUAUUACUCUUUGAUCAUCAAAAAUCAACCAUUGGAGGUUUGAAUGAUGAGUUCAUUUUUUCCCCCAGAUUGGACAACUCUACCUCAUGUUUCACUGCUACAGUUGCCUUAGCAGAGGCUUCCAAGGAUUUAUCAAACCAAAAGGGUAUUCUGUUGAUCUCCUUGUUCGAUCAUGAAGAGGUCGGUUCUGUUUCUGCUCAAGGAGCUGAAUCCACCUUUUUACCUGAUAUCUUUCAAAGAAUUACCAGUGUCAACUUUGAAGGCUCGGCUGGAGAUUAUUUCCACCAAUCCGUUGCAAACUCAUUCAUGUUGUCGUCAGAUAUGGCACAUGGUAUCCACCCCAACUAUUCUGAGGCCUACGAGGGUAAGAAUAGACCACAUGUGAACGCGGGGCCAGUGAUCAAGAUCAACGCCAACCAGAGAUACGCCACCAAUUCACAUGGAAUUGUCUUAAUCAAGAAGAUCGCCAAUGAGGCACAAGUGCCCUUGCAAUUGUUUGUGGUGAGAAACGACGCUGCUUGUGGAUCUACCAUCGGUCCUCUUAUUUCUGCCAAGUUGGGUAUCAAGACCUUGGAUUUGGGUAACCCACAGUUGUCCAUGCACUCGAUCAGAGAAACCGGAGGUACCUAUGACGUUCUCAAGUUGACUAACCUCUUCCAGUCGUUUUUUGAGAACUACGUUAAGGUCGACGAAUCGAUCUCGCGUGAUCAUGUCAAGAUAUGA